AUGUCAUUCAGUCCAAAACCCGGUUGUCCUUUGUGCGGGGUCGUCUCCGCCGCCCGUGACUCGCCCUCCCAUAACAUCCUCCAUCGGGAUGACAACUUCACCGCGUACCACGAAACCGCGAACCCUGUCUCUUCCAAGGGCCAUAUCAUCAUCGCCUUCAACCUCCAUGUCCCCUCCAUUUACAUGCUCUCCUCGAGCGAUCUGCCCCUCCUCGUCCAAGUCCGGGAUCUCGCAACACGCCUCCUCACCGACCUCGCCGGCAGACCGUCCACCGAUGUCCCAGCCUCACCCAUCUCACCCUCACCUCGAGCGUCCACCUUCAUGGCAGCGACACCUACGACGGAUACCCCCAACUUCCGCAUUGGGUUCAUCACACCGCCUUGGAAGGACAGCAAGAUCCCAGUGACGGACCAUCUCCACGCACACGCUUACGUCCUGCCCGCGGAUAAACUCGGUUGGUGGCGAGGUGUAGCUUAUGGCGGUCUGGCAUGGUACGCCAUUGAGGACCUCAUCGCAGAGAUUCGAGAAGAGACGACGAACAACCGUGUCAAGUCAGGGUAUGGCAAUCGUUCGAACGCACCUAUCGAUACCGUCGCCGACGCCGGCUCGAGGAUGGGCCACGCAGACGGAACAGAGACGACGGAACCCUCACUCGCCAUUCCCGAUAUCGAAGCCGGUUCCCGUCCACCUUCACGGUCCUUCGCUUCGUCCUCCUCUCCGUCCUCUUCACGUCCGUCGUCAUCUAGACAAUUAACCGUCGACACCGCCGCCGCCGCUCCUGCAUCGUCUUCGAACAAUCUCGAGCCGGCGUUCAAUAUACGGACCAUCCCUGUUUAAAUCCACGAUCACGCCAUACCCAAUCCCCCGCAUGACAUAACGCACAUAACGCAAACAAUCCCUGUCAUCCUUUCACAUCGUGUUUGUUGAUUUAUUUCAUCUUUUUCCGUCUUUGCUUUCUUUCUCUUGGACUCAUGAUGCGGCUAAUCGGAUUUUAUAUUACAACCCCUCCCCCUCCC